AUGUCGGAGGCUCAAGAAGGCACCAACGGCCUAGAUGAUGGGUCGCAUUCACACUUGAGUCAAGAGGAUCUAGCAAAACCCCUCCUGUUUAACAAUGACCCUGCUGAUGGGCCUGGUCAUGGUCAAGUCAGAUGGAUCACGAGAGCAGCACAGCGGGUAUACCCCCAGGGGCACGCCCUCAUGCUGUGGCUCACUAUUCUAAAUGUGGUAUUGUUGAUAACCUCCGUUGUUCUCUUGUUCUUGGUAUUAUCGCGACAGACCUGCGUCCCGUACUUAAGCGAUCAGGACAAGUGGAAGUCCACAUCUCAUUACGCACCUCUACUUGACCGUGUGGAUAUUCCAAGAGUUACCAUAACGCCGAAUGCAUCAUUAUACGACACUGAUCCGCCUUCCAUUUUGCGGAUCCCGACAGGGAGUGAAGCCGACGCAGAAUGGUUCCGCAUCGGCACCGGAGUCAUGCCGAUUAUCAUCUCCUCCGAUGAAAUCCACAGACUAGGAAAGGAUCCCUCGGUUGCGGUCAAGAUUCCAGAAGAGCAUGGAUACGGGGAUGAUGCGUAUAUCGCACAGACGGAGGUGUUCCAUCUCCUGCAUUGCAUUGACAUGUUGCGGAAGGAGAUCUCCUACGAACAUUACUAUUUUCCUAAGUUUGGAAACAAUCCGGACGCUGAGCAUAUGGCACAUAUUAGUCAUUGCAUAGAUAUUCUGGCACAGGCCAUCAAAUGCUCCAGUAGCGUUGACGUGAUCCUGUUCAACUGGGUCGAGGGGUGGGAUCAACCUUUCCCGGACUUCAGCAAUCAGCAUGUUUGCCGAGACUUUGAAGCUCUUCUGGGGUAUGUCAAUGAGAAUUCGGUUCCACGCUCUGUGUGGAAAACAAUGAAAGAACCGCCUGCGGGCUAUGUGCGGCUGCCGGAACCUGCGCCGGCACGACGGGCCGAAUCAGCUGGUGAUGCUUGA